AUGGUGCCCAGCUCGGUGCGCCGCCGCGCCUCCGCGCCAGUCAAUGGCGGCGAGGACGACGCAGGCCAGCGCAAGAGGCGCCACCGUCCCAGGCCACGCAAGAAGAAAGACGCAGCGCCUCCGGCAGAGCAGAACGCGAUUCACAACGACGCGGAGGCCGCAGCAGACGCUCAGGACAAGGCGCCGGCCGCCAAGCCCAAGAGGAAGAAGAGGCCGGCCAAGAAGAACGCCUCCAAUGCCAAUGCUGCUGCUGCUGCCCAGGCCUCAGCGGCCGAAGAGGAGGACGACGAGCCAGAGUUCUGUCUGCUGUGCGCCGACCCGAUCCGGUUCUACGCCGUGGGCGAGUGCAACCACCACGGCAUCUGCAGCAGGUGCUCGAUGCGCAUGCGGCUCAUCAUGGACGACCGCAACUGCCCCAUGUGCAAGCAGCCGCUGGAGCGCGUGGUCGUGAGCAGCGCGCCACGCCCGUUCGAGAGCUUCGAGCUCUGGGGCGACGCGGCCGGGCCCGAGUCCGUGCUGGACGAGCCCUCCGACAUGAUCUUCGUGGACUGCAGAGCGCACUAUUCCGAGCUGCGUAGUCUCCGCGAGUUCAAGUGCCGCAUGAAGCGCUGCAGAGAGGUCAAACACUCACUGGGUCAACUCAAGGAACACCUGCGUCACGACCACGCUGUGGAGUUCUGCGAGCUGUGCUUGACCCACCAGUCGUUCUUCAUCCAGGAGCAGGAGGUGUUCACGAAAGGCGCGCUCAAGGGACACAACAUUGGACGCAGUCGAGGUGGACCGGCGGGACAGAAGCAUGCCAACACGGGCAAGGACUUCCACCCGAUGUGCCAGUUCUGUCGGAAGCGGUUUUACGGCGACAAGGAGCUCUAUGAGCACCUGGAGCGCGACCACUUCAAGUGCCACAUCUGCAAGGUGGAGAACGAGUACUUCCGCAACUAUGCUAGCUUGGAAACGCAUUUCCGUCGAGAGCACCACUUGUGCGAAGACUCAAGAUGCCUGGCAAUGCGUUUCGUAGUGUUCCCCAACGACGUUGAGUAUCAAGCGCACAUGAGUUCUGUCCAUGGUGUGCACAAUCGACUGCAGUUUAAUUUCCAGGUCGCUCGCAAUGGCGGAAACCCCGUCGGUGGCCCUAUUAACGCGGGUUACGCGGAUGGAGUUCCUGACCACUGGAACUACGGCGUCAGCGACCAUCCGCCCUCGCCACCAGUUCGGCUGGAGGAAGCAUUCCCGGCACUUCCGACGCCUAGUGGACCCGCUCCUCCUCCGGUAUUGAGACCAGCGAUCGCUCGGCCAUCAAGUGCUCACACGCAAGGACCACCUCCAGCUCGACGUAUACCCACUCCUCCUCGGGGCCAGAUCGUUCGCAACCAAAGAUUAGCCCAAGCACUUGGAGUUAAUAGACCGGGUCUGUCUGGCGGAGAUACUGCCGCCUUUGAGGAAGAGAUGAAGACCCCCAGCUACCCGGAAGACCUGAUUGCGUGGGGAAAAGCAAACAUGAGCUACCUUGUGGUGGUAGAACGUCGCUUGGAGCGAAUCGUGCAAGAGCCGUCGUGCCACAGCGUCAGUUUGCGAGUGAUGUCAGGCGAAGAGCGUGCUUUGAUGCAUCAGUUGGCCUCAAUUUAUGGAGUGGUGUCCGAAUCAUUUGGAGAAGAUCCGCGUCGCCGAGUGUCAUUUUUCAAGCGCGAUGAUGCGCGUGUCCCGGGCGUGACACUUUCCGCGCACAUAGCCAAUCUCAACAAGCAGGCGCGGGCAGCUCAAGCCUCGAGCCGACUGAAGUUCCUACCGCUGCGAGGCAGCACUCCUCCUCCGCAAGCUGCUCCAGCCCCUGCCAGGCCUCCUGUUCCUGUCAACCGUGGAUGGGAGCACAUUGAGCCACGCCGCGCUCCAGUUGUUGCGGAUGCCUGGAGUGACGAUGGGGACGAAGAUGAGAAAACCGAAGAAGAGGGCAGUGCCGACUCGCAGGAGCAAGACGGGGACAGCGAGGAAAAACAGUCGGCGGAGGAGUUUGCUGUCGCUGCUGCUACUGAACAUGGCGACUCCGCCGAAACGGAGGAACUCAAGGCAAAGGUUGCUGCGAUUAAGAUAGACGAAGACUGGGACUAA